UUUGUAUAUUUAAAAAGGUUUCAUUAGGCCUAGAACUGCAGUUUCACAAGAUGUACCGAAAAACGCUGACGUUUUCAAUAAGGAAAAUCAACCCCGUAAAAUUUUAUCACAAUAAGUCCGAUUGCCAUGUGACAGUACCUCAGGGUAAGAUGAGAGGUAAAGUGUGCAGUACUCCGUGCGGUAAACAGUACUAUAGCUUCGAGGGAAUACCCUACGCUAAGCCACCUUUGGGACCCCUCAGAUUCAGGGAUCCUCAGAAAUUUGAUAACUGGUGUGGAGUACUUGACGCAACGAAACCUGGAAAUAAACCCGUGCAAAUAAAUCCCUAUAACCAAUCUAUAGAAGGUUCAGAAGACUGCUUAUAUUUAAAUGUGUACACUCCAAUAUUGCCCGAUAAACAAAAACAAAGUCUGCCAGUACUAUUUUUCUCAUAUGGCGGUACUUUAUACAGGGGAUGCGGUCACAUAUAUCGUCCAGAUUACUUAAUACGUCAAGACGUCAUUCUAGUCACAAUUAACUAUCGUGUCAAUAUUUUUGGAUUUCUUAAUCUUGAAACACCAGAAGUGCCCGGUAAUGCUGGUUUUAAAGAUGCCGCUAUGGCCCUAAGAUGGGUGAAACAAUACAUAGAACAUUUUAAUGGUGAUCCAAAUAAUAUUACAGGAAUGGGAGAAAGUGCAGGCGCAGUUGUAACUACAUUAUUAUUGAUUUCAAAGAUGACUCAAGGUAUAUUUAAAAGGAUAAUUGGUUUAUCAUCAGUUUUAUCUGAUGAAAUGAUAGGCUAUAAUCACCUGGAAAGAGCAAAAGAUAUUGCUUCAAAUUUAGGAAAUACCAUUAAUAGCUCUGAGGAAAUAGAUAAUUUGCUUCGGAACUCUACUCCUGAAGAUUUGACUAAGGCUCUAAUGAAAUCAGAUUCUCGUGCAAAUAGAAACGGCAAAACCAACGUGGACGGGGCAGGAAAUAUUGUGGCCAUACUAUAA